CGGGUUUGCAUGGGGUACAUAUUUCUAGACCUAUACUUCGCGGUUGAUGCAUGGAAUGUUUAAGAAAAUAGAAGAAUUUAGACUAUUCAAGUUGGUCAAUCCUGAAUCCAAGAAAGUACACAAGUAUAUUGUUCCCGGUUUUAUGCUUCCGUUUAAGGUUAGUUUCUAAUGCAUUUAAAUAGUUAUCAUAGUUCUGUUUAUGCUUACAUUUUUUUUACAUAGAUAUGGAUUUUGGAUACGUUCCUUGAGGAAACCCAAUUUUAUAUACACACGCAGACAUAAUUGCCACAGAUGAGGUCGUGGAGAAGUAAAACACCGUUAACUUGGGUUCAAUGUUGUCGAAUAAUCAACGUGUCUUUGCCUAACAACCAACAUAUUUAUGUCGUGGCAAACCCGACGGAGCUGAUGUUGUUGUUUUAUGUUUGCUAUGUGAACUGGACUCUUAACCAUGAAGAGUCUUCCCCACGAUCGUGUAUUAAAGAAAAAGAUGAGCCAGACACAGGGUUUGGAGAGGAAAAGGAAGAGGAGGAAGAAACAUAUUACCAUGGUACACAGUUGAACCAUGAUGAUUUAGGUAGUCAUGGUUUGGAGGGGGAAAUUAGGUAUACUCCUACGCAUGUUGAGUUGUCACUCGAUGUUGGUGAACAUCACACAAAAACAAUGACUCUUAUUGGUAGGCCACAUCGAAAGAGGGGUGUUCCUUGAACACCUGAAGAUCUUAAGAAAGUUUCUAAGAAGAUUCAAAAGUUUUCAGAUGGGUGUUCUUUGCGUGUUCUUCAUGAAAACUAG